UGGAACCGGUUUGGGUCAGGGAGAGGCUUAGUCGUCAGCAAACAGCAGCGCAACACCGCGCCGCCGCCUCUUCCUCCUCCUCGGUCGUGCCGCCGCCGUCGGCGUGAACAGUCGCCCUUCUCCUGAAGCCCCAGCUCUGUUGCCCCGGGGGGGGGGGGGGGGGGAGAAGACAGAGCACGACUCGCCGCCGCCGCCGCCAUCAUCAUCAUCAUCAUAGUCAACUAUUCAUCACCUGAAAGCCUCACAAUCCUCCUCGUUGGACAGGUUGUAGCAGACAUACAACAUCAUUCACAAAUAUGGCACCUUGUCGGAUUACCUUUGAAAUGAGAGGAAUAUCUCCACCAGGAGAGGUUUUUGCCAUAUGUGGGAGCUGCAAUGCUCUGGGAAAUUGGAACCCCCAGUGCGCAGUAAUUCUUCAGCCAGAAGAUGAGGCUGGUGAUGUUCUGUUGUGGAAAGCUACAGUUGACCUUCCUAGAGGAAAGGAUAUUGACUAUCGAUAUUUUCAAGGAACUUUUUUAGAACCCCAGACUGUCGAUGGUCCAUGCCAAGUCAUAAUUCACAAGUGGGAGACUCAUCUACCACCACGAUCAAUAACCCCUUUAGAGGACGGUUUUUGCGUCGAUGAUGGGCACUUCGGAAUCUUUGAUGAUGUGGAGAGUGUCGAUUCUGGAUGGCUGACAUGUCAGACAGAAAUAAGACUACGCCUGCAUUUUUCUCAAAAACCGCCAGUGUCGAUAACUAAGAAAAAAUUUAAAAAAUCUAGGUUUAGGGUGAAACUUACCCUUGAAGGCUUAGAGGAGGAGGGGGAAGAUGAAGAGGAUGAUAGACUGUCACCUACAAUUCAUCAUAAGAUGGCAAACACAUUAGAAAUUUCUUUAAUAAGUGAUACGGAAUUCAAAUCUCGGCAUUCUCAGCCAGAAUGUGGUUAUGGACUUCAGGCUGACCGGUGGACAGAAUAUACAAUACAAACCAUGGAACCAGACAACUUAGAAUUAAUCUUUGAUUUUUUUGAGGAAGAUCUUAGUGAAGCAGUGAUACAAGGAGAUGCACUUCCAGGUCAUGUGGGCUCUGCAUGUCUGUUAUCCUCCACCAUUGCUGAAUCAGGAAAGAGCUGCGGUAUUCUUACUCUUCCUAUUAUGAACAGGAUUUCUCGAAAAACAAUUGGAAAAGUUCGAGUGGAUUACAUAAUUAUUAGGCCAAUUCAGGGAUACUUCUGUGAUAUGGAAGCCUCGUAUGCCAAAUACUGGAGAGAAAGAUCAGGGCUAGAUGUUGGGCACAGGGGUGCAGGGAACUCUACCACCACCACCAAGCUUGCAAAACUUCGAGAAAAUACUGUUGCCUCUUUAAAAAAUGCUGCUAGACAUGGAGCAGCCUUUGUGGAAUUUGAUGUACAUCUUUCCCGGGAUCAUGUCCCCAUCAUAUAUCAUGAUCUUACGUGUUGUAUUGCAAUGAAAAAGAAAGAUGAAAAUGAGCCAUUGGAGCUGUUCGAGAUUGCAGUUAAAGAGCUCACAUUUGCCCAACUGCAGUUAUUAAAGCUGGCACAUGUGACUGCAUUGAAGUCUAAAGACAGUCAAGAAUCAUUUAAAGAUGAAGACAAUGUUCCUUCUGACAUGCAACCCUUUCCCUCUCUGCAAACAGUACUAGAAAGUAUUCCUGAAGAUGUUGGGUUUAAUAUAGAAAUCAAGUGGAUCUGCCAGCAAAGGGAUGGCUUAUGGGAUGGCAACCUAUCAAGCUACUUUGAUAUGAACGUGUAUCUAGAUAUAAUUUUGAAAACUGUUCUGCUCAAGGCUGGACAUAGGAGGAUCAUAUUUUCUUCAUUUGAUGCAGACAUAUGCACAAUGGUUCGACAGAAACAAAAUAAAUAUCCCAUAUUAUUUCUAACUCAAGGAAAAUGUGAAUCUUACCCAGAACUCAUGGAUCUCAGGUGCCGUACAACGGCUAUUGCCACGAGUUUUGCACUGUUUGAAAAUCUGCUGGGAAUUAAUGCACAUACUGAAGAAUUGCUGAACAAUCCAUCAUUUGUUGAAGAUGCCAUAUCUAGAGGCUUAGUUGUCUUUUGCUGGGGUGAUGAAACAAAUGAGCCAGAGAACAGGAAGAAGCUGAAGGAAUAUGGAGUUCAUGGUCUGGUAUACGAUAGGAUUUAUGACUGGAUGCCUGAGCAGCCAAAUAUAUUCCAGACAGAGCAACUAGAGCGGCUGAAGAAGGAGGUACCAGAGCUGAAGAGCUGCAUCUGUCCCACCGUUAGCCACUUUAGUACUGUAGGUCUAUGUAAGUGUCAUAAUAGUUGUCCUGUAAAUGCAAGAAUGGUAGAAAGUACAAGCAGUUUCUAGAGGACUCCAUCCAGGAAGAAACAUUGUUUGAAAUGUACAUCCAGCUCUCCACUGUACAAUGCUAGCAAUGCCUCACUGUUCUUGCAUCCGAAUGAAGCAAUAACACAUAUUCCACUGCAGAACGUUAAAAGUCAUUGCUAGACUGUCCAGUCUUGCUAAAUGCUUGGUCAGUUGCAUUUCUUAUUCUACACCAUUGCAUAGUUCUUGUAUAUUUUAAACUGACCAGUUGAAGAUGAAAUUUGUGUACUGUAACAUAUGCAUCUGGUUUCUGGGCAGUCUGAGUGCAAUAGUUUCCUGCAUUGUUAGGAAAUGGCCAAAUAUUAAUGUUUAAUUGAGUUGACUCCAGUAGUGGAGAAGACUGUACUGUAUACAAUUACAUUUGGUCUGUAGAGAAGGUAUCUCAGGUGCAUGCAUGCACUUGCAUGGAUAGUGACAUCUGCACAAACCUGUGUGCCACCACAUUGCAAGAUUGCAAUUAUAUUCCUGUUUCCCCCUGCUGCCUUCAGGUUGCUGCUGUCUUGUGUACUAUUUUGCCAGAUACAACGAUGAGUAGUGUAGUCUCUGUCUAGCAACCUACAGGUGAAUGGUGCCCCUUUUCCACUGUUUUUGUACCUAAAUGUUGCUGAAGCUCAGAAUGUUCUAAAUCAGUAUAAGCCAAAUUGCCAGUGUCUGACUUAUAGAUUGAAAAAAAUGUAUCAUUGUAUCUGAAAGUUAAAUGAAAAAAUGCACAACACAAAAGCCAGUAAACAGUUAGCAUGAAACUAGAUGUUUGGCACAGUCCUUGCACUCUUGUGGUGCUAUAUGGUGCAAGGGUAGUAAGGGCUGAAAAAAAUGCUUAAAUCUUUGCUGAAAAACCACAAGCCUCUAUGUGUAGAUAGUUAAAUGAGGUUUUUAUCAUCUUAUUCUUUGUUUCUGACCACUAGCAGAUGUGUUUAAAGAAGAAAGGAAAGGCAAAGAUCAGUUGAUUUUUCAUAAUGUAAUAGGGUCUCAAUCAUUAACCUCUGGCUACUGUACACUGUGUAUAACUUAUUCAGAAAUUAUGAUCAGAGUAUUUUGUCACAUAUGUAUGUUUGCAUGUCUUUAAACCCAUACCUCUCUACAAUAGCAGGUAACUGAGACUGAAGUACCUGUACCUUUUUAUUGAAGUGUUAAAUGUAUAAUAAAAAAUGAAAAAGGAUAUAUUUAUUUUUUUCCUGCUAUGGCAAAUCAACAAUUGAAACAGUAGCUUGUAUGAUAUGAAUCUUGUCACUGCUGUACAAAGCUGAUUAUAUAAAGUUCAAUAAAUGCAAGUAUGUACAUGGUUUUGGUCUGUACUACUGAAGAUGUUUGGGGGAAGUGGUUUGUCUCCUAUUGCUUUGUAUUGAAAUUCCUUGCCUCCUGCAGACAGCACAGUCUUGAGGUAUGUGGGAAUGAUCCUAUUUUAAAAAUAAAAUGCAUUUUGUAUUGAAAUUCAA